AUGACCCCUUACCGUUUGACGCCUAGUCGACGUUACAAAUAUGACACCUCGCGUCUUGACGCCGCACUGUCUCCCAAAAUGCAGCUCACUGUUGCGAAUCGGCGUAAGUCCUGGCGCGAGCCCCUCAGCUCGCUAGUGAAUUCUGUCAGAGUUGAAAUCCUAAGGAUUCCCAACUGUUUACUCACCGGCCUACCUGUCUACCUGCUGCGUUCCUGCCUAUCUGCCUACCUUCCUCUCGAGGCCUACAUCAACACCUACCUCUUACUAGCGUCGACACCUACCAACGUCGACACCUACUUCCUACCCGCAGCGAUGCCUACCUACUACCUGAAGCGAUGCCUGGAUACGUAUUUACCUACCUGUAUUUUGUCGCCUGUACUGACACCGCUACAGACUCCUAAAUAG